UCCUCUUGAACCUGGAGAAUUACUUCUCUUUCUUCACUUUCUCAACAGGUUUCUUCACUUAGAACCUGAAGAAUGCAAAUAGCUUUUGACAAUAGAGAACAACUACUUUCUUUCUUUUCUCCUUUCACUCUCAACUCUCACCAUUCUUCUCUUUUGGCCUACAGGAUCUUUAAGCUCUAAUACCACUUUGUUGGGACCACUUUUGUUGGAGAGAAGGAGGAGAUAAAUACAACAAAUAAAAAGAAAAGAUUCUUGAAGAGAGAGAUAUAUCACAAAUAUAUAUUUUCCAUUAUCAAAGCAUGCAAGACACACUUCUAUCUCUUACAAGAGAUAGUUUCUCACAUCUACCAAAAAUUAACAUUAUAAGCUAUUUAUAAUAGCACCUGUAUGACUUUUCACUUGCAAACUUAAUUACCCAUAUUUAUAACACUUAAUAAUCUGACCUUUCAUAUACUUAAACCCUUAGCAUAACCAUAGACUCUUCACGUACUCUUUAACAACUAAUGACUCUUGAAAUGGCAAUAGUAAAUAUUUAACAUUUUCAACAUAGAACUGAUUUUGGAUUAUAAAGUACUGUUAUGCUUUAUUGAUUUUUCUCUUCAAUUUUUUACAUGAAUUCAAUUUAAAGAAACAUUAUAUUAAUUUCUGUUUUUUUUUUUUUGUGCUUGUCUCAGUGGGAAUGCUAUCCUGGAUCUUCUUCUUAGUGGGAAAAUAUCAACAGUUUCAGGUUGGCGUUUUACAUUUUCCUUUUUGUUACUGUAUGUAAUGCAUGUUUCAGGUGUUUCUAUGCCUGACUAAUUGCAGAGCUGAAUGAUGUUAAUAACAAAUUCAUCCUUUACUUUUCGACAGAUGGAUGGAUCAACGGGUCAAAACAUUGAAAAGCACCUAUUAUAACAAUGGGAUCAAGGGAGGCUUUUGAAUCAAAGACCACUGCUAAUGGUGAGCUGUUUUUAAGGGUGGAUAUGCCAGGAGUUGAAGCAAAAGACGUCAAGGUUGUUGCUAAAGGUUGGGAAGUGAGAUUCUUUGACAAAGCUAGAAAAAGAGGCCAUGAUUUGGAUGGGCCUGAGUACAUGGGCAGUGUCUCAUUGUUACCCAUGACUAUCCUCAAGAGAAAGGUUGAGCAUGAGGUGAAGGAUGGUGUUCUGAGAAUGGUGGUUCCGCCUGCUUAAUCAGUUUUUUUAUCAACUGCACUUGUUUUUGUUGUCACCGAUGAUGAUUAGUGCUCAUACUACAUAUGUGUCUGAGGGUUAUGAUUUUCUAGGUUCCAUUAGGUUGGGCAAUUCUUUGACCCAUCUUUUGUUUUGUGAUGAUGUUGUUUAGUUUGGUUUUGUUUAGUUGUUUUUGGUUUAGGAUGGAUGAAGCUGUUUUAUCCAAGUCUGUUUAUGGAUCUUUUAUGGUGAACCUCAUAGGAAGCACUAAUAUACGGCAUAUUUUUUUUUUAAUCAAUUAAAAGAGAUGUCAUUGCAAUCAGCCUUUAAAAGAGCUGCAGAAUUACAAGGAUAGGUUGCUAGUCUGCAACUGGGGAGAGAUCUCUUCGCAGUUGCUGAAGCCACAUUUGUUAGAGUCUGUAGAUACAUGGAUAACGGAGUAAGAUGGAACAAAACCCAGUUCUACCUUAAUAGUUUGAAUAAUGGAGUCUAUCUCCCAAAAAACGCGAGAUCCUGAAAAUGAUUUUGCCAACUUGACAGCUUCCAAUAAGAGAAGACCCU